CCACUACGAGAACGAUAGCAUGAUCUGAAGUCUGAACGCCCUAUCAGCCUCUUUACCUCAUAGUUAAACGGUUACUUUGGCGGGAAUUAUCCUGAAACGGUGAAAACAAGUUCCCAAGUCCCAAUUAUGAAUUUACUUUGGUGGCGAUUUUGCGCCAUUAUCCGUUAUCUUCCACCUCAGUUGGUUUGAUCACACAGAUUACAGAAAAGAACGCUAAAACCUCUGUACCAAAACCUGUGAAAAAAAUCUUAUGAUCGAUAUGAUUAAGCAUUUAGAGCAGACUCGUUGAAACCACUGCUCGAAUAUGGCCUUUUCCAUCUCCAAUACACAGGCACUGCGCAUUCACCAUCUCAGAAACCCUAUUUCUAUUUCUCUCCAUUUCCCGUCUUCAAUUCUUUAUUUUCACUCCCGUCGAGCUUCCUCGUUUUAUCCACGUGUUCAUGCCCUAAAAACUGGUCCUGACGGAGGCAGCGACAGGAGCCAGGAUUCCUUCAGCUCGGAUUUGCUGAGAAAGCCUAUUAUCUCACCACUAGACGACAGCGAUGGAUUGUCGAAGAAGGGAGGCAUGUCCAGUCCCUCGGAUGUUGACGAGGGACUUGAUGGAGAAGGAAAGAAAAGCUACAAGCAACAAGAGGACGAGAGAUGGGUCGACUGGGAGGACCAGAUUUUGGAAAACACGGCACCGCUUGUUGGCUUCGUCAGGAUGAUUCUUCACUCCGGAAAAUACAGAAGUGGUGAUCGACUGAGUCCUGAGCAUGAGAAAACAAUUUUGGACAGAUUACUUCCACAUCAUCCAGAUUAUGAAAAAAAGAUAGGAUGCGGAAUAGAUUACAUAACAGUUGGGUAUCACCCUGAUUUUGAAAGUUCGCGAUGUUUGUUCAUAGUACGGAAGGAUGGACAGUUUGUAGAUUUCUCAUACUGGAAAUGCAUGAAGGGACUUAUCAAGAAGAACUAUCCUCUCUAUGCAAAUAGCUUCAUUCUGAGACAUUUUCGACAGCAUAGACACGGCAAAUGAAGUUGAUGAAUCAAUAAGCAUGAUGCUUUCUACCAUGUAUAAAAGGGAGAGUUGGAAGUGGUGUUUGGACUGCAAUAGAUUUGAAUUAUUAAAAGUAUCAUGCUGUCUACCGCGCAGGAAAGGGAAACUGUUGAGAGCGCAAAUUGGUUUUACUGAAAGCCAUUCCUUUCAUCUGCAUUCACCAACGGAUGCUGUUGAACAGUUGAAGUGGCUCGAUCUUUUAUCAUGCCAGAAUCAAUGUUCUUAUAUUCUGUAUGUUUGAUUAGUUUAUUAUAAGUGUAAGGUCUAGAAAUGUGGAGGAUGAAAAAUUUCUCAAUUGUUUGAAGCCUCCUUUAAUUGUCGGCAUGACAUGAUAUUAUCAUCUUCAUGACAGGGAUGGAGCUUUAUUAGUUGUUUGAAAUGGUGAAAUCCCACACGCCUAGGAGGUUUGAAGACUCAA